CAUCUCGUGCAGAAACACUUCAGAGCUAGUAAUGUUGGAGAUGGAGAUCCCUUUGCUAAACUGUUGCAGAAAUUUAGAUGCGACAAAGUCUGAGCUUCAUGGCUGUAGUAUCAUUAAUGUGGUUUUGUUGCAGCCAGCUGGUGAAAGGUGUGAUCAAGUCAUGGUUGAGUUGCAGCUUCUGCGUGCAGUUUAUCGAGCUGGUGCUAUCCCAAGUGUAACUGCAGGAAAACUUCUUGAAUUGUCUUUGGUGCUGAUGUUGUCCUGGAGUGUGGGAGAGUCCCAUGCUUUAAGUCUUCUGGUAUCAGCCAUAUCUGAGUUGACGCUGGAUCAUGCUGCUUUGUGGUUGCCGAAAUGUUGGACAUCUAAUAGAACUGCAAAAAGACUCCUUGAAAUGGUUUAUGUUUACGUAGCAGUAAUGUUGCUGUCCAACAUGGCCUGCCUAAACUGGUGAAAGAUUUUUUGCAUCGAGUUAUGCCGUUGCUGUUCCUUGGUGCCGGACUGCUGGUGUUGUGCACAAAAGUUACAUCCAGUUUUAAUUGUUAUUUGUGUCUAUGCAAUUAACCGUUUAUAUGUUGAAAAGGAACAGAAAAGUUCCUUGGUGUUGAAUCGCUGGUGUUGUGCUGCAUAAGUUACAUCCAGUAUUUUGUCUAAUUGCUAUUUGCGUCUAUGAAGUUAACCGUAUGUUGAGAAGGAAAAAAUAGUAAUACGGGGAAUUUUUACGUUUAACAAAUAAUAAACAUGCCUUCACGAUUGGGAAAUCAGCGAGGAGGAGAUUGAGGGGUGAGGUUGGCAAUUGAUUUUCAUUGACUAGAAGAAGUGGUUUGUUUUAAUAAGGUAGAAAUAAAAUCUUUAUCUAUCACAUCUAUAUACCUACCUAUGUAACCACUUCUAUUCCUCAAACCCCAUGAUCUCCACCAACUUCCAUUCCUUAAACCCCCAUUUCCCCACAAAUGUCAAUUAACUGUAAUAUGUAAAUAUUAUUGUUGAAAAAAUGUAUCGGCCUUA